AUGGAAAAUAAAGGUGGUGCACAGCCUAGCCUGAGUCAAUAUUUUGCCAAUGAUCCGCCUAGCUUUUUUGAUGAAUUGGCCAGCAACAAUAAGUCGCAGCAACCAAUGGAAACAGGUGGUGACAUCUUGGCUAAUCAAAAGCCCUUGAAUCCUCCGGCGACAGCAACAACACAGAACCCACAACAUGCUACCUUAAUGAAUACAACACAAGGAGGUAAUAUGGUUGCCAAUGUAGCGGGUGGUCAAUCCGCGGCAGCCAAUUUAACGUCUGCCACAUUUACGGGUGGUUUCAAAACACCCGAAUACAUUGAAAAUCAAGCGGAAUUGGAAGAGGAUAUGAAAAUACCCGAAGAAGUAAGGAAUUUUUGGGAAACGCCGGUGACACCAAGCGGGCAACCACCGCUGCUGACCACACCGGGUAUACAGACGGCAACGGAUUUGCCCGAUUUAAUCGCCAUUGCAGUUUCCAAACAUUUGGGUGACACAGAAUUGGCAUAUCGUAAAAUUCCCGGUGUUGAUAAUGUAACCCAAGAUGAAAGGGGUUUGAGAUCCCUAAUUGCCUCGGGUUGUUAUCGGUCGGCAAUUAAUUUAACUGGCCGGUUAUUGACAAUAUAUGGACAAGGUUAUGGUAGAGCUGGGCAGCCGGCCAAACAUUCUCCUCACUCCCUGCAAUUGUGGUUUACUCGCCUGGCUCUGCUGGCCAAAUUGGGAGAAGUUGAAUUACUGCAAAAAGAGGCGGAACCAUUUGAUAGACUAAAUAAACCGGAUGUUUUCUAUGAGUUCUAUCCCGAAAUGUACCCAGGGAAAACUGGCUCUAUUGCCUGCUUCUCAUUUCGUUUACUGCUAGCCGAAAUGCCCAUCUAUUUGGGUAAUCCCCAAUUGGCCUUGGAUCGCCUCUCCGAACUAUUUGUCAUAACAAAUGAAAUUAAAACGCAUUUUUUGGCCAAAAAUAUGCCAGAGGCCACACAAUUCUGGAAGAAGCGUGAAUUUAAAAUCCUGCAUGCCAUCGUUAAUUGUGCAAUAAUUUUGAAAAAAUACAACCUCAUCGAUGAUAUACUGCGUAGCAUGAUUGCCGAUGACCAUAAUCUGGAUAAGGAGGAACGUCGUGCCUUAUUUUCAGCCUGGGGUCGUAUCUAUCUACAAAUUGGUGAUGUCUUUGGGGCCGAGCAAAAAUUUGCCGAGGCUCGUAGAUUAAGGAAGAUCUACUCCCAACCGGACAUACGUGAUCUCGUCGACAAAGGCCUGAUCACAGUGGCACAAAAUGAUUUUCCCGAAGCCUAUGCCACCUUUCAGAAGGCAUUACAUUUGGAAACGGGUAAUACGAUGAUCUUGAAUAAUAUGGGUGUUUGCCUAUUGUAUGCGGGGAAAUUAAAAGAAGCCAUAACUCUGUUCGAGCGGGCAAUUAAUUUAAAUCCCCAGAAAUCGUUGAAUGAAAGCCUUUUGGUUAAUCUCUCCACCCUCUAUGAAUUGGAAUCGAAUAAUUCGAAAAAUAAAAAAUUAAAUCUGCUACGACUGAUAAAUCGUUAUAAGCCCGAUUUGAAUAUUAGCUUGGAGAUUUGCUUGAAAUUGCAGACGCCAAAUUAA